GACAGUAGGUGGAAAAACAAGAAAACAGAGUGAACAUGGCUGAAGCUAAGGAAAUCAAAUCACCAACAGCAGUGUCAUGUCCACCCUCUCAACUUCAAUACUCACCAUCUCUCACAAGAUCACCACUUCUUCAUUCAGAUGAACCAAAUCCAAAGAACAAAACAGCUCCUAGAACACCAAGAAUGUCUUUUACUCCACCAAGGUUUAAUAUUACCCCUUUAGGUACCCCUGUUAGGAAUGCUUUGAGGUUAACCAAACUUGAUCCUCAAGAUGCUUGGUUACCAAUUACUGAGUCUAGAAAUGGUAACAAAUAUUAUGCUGCUUUUCAUACUCUUUGUUCUGGGAUUGGUAUUCAAGCUCUUGUUCUUCCUGUUGCUUUCACUCUUCUUGGUUGGACAUGGGGAAUAAUAAGUUUGACAAUAGCAUUCAUAUGGCAGCUUUACACCUUAUGGUUGCUCGUUCAUCUUCACGAAUCCAAAGAGGAAGGUGUCACUGUUCGUUAUAAUCGAUACCUUCAACUAUGCUUUGCUACUUUUGGUGAGAAAUUGGGAAAAUUACUAGCAAUAUUUCCAAUAUUGUACUUAUCAGCAGGAACAUGUACUACAUUGAUCAUAAUAGGAGGAUCAACGGCUAGAACAUUCUAUGAGAUUGUAUGUGGAGAAUCAUGCACUUCCAAACCGAUGACUACUGUGGAAUGGUACUUGGUUUUUACUUGUGUAGCUGUGGUUUUAUCUCAGUUACCAAACUUGAAUUCUAUAGCUGGAAUUUCUCUCAUUGGAGCAGUCACUGCUGUUGGGUAUUGUACCUCCAUUUGGAUGGCUUCUGUGGCACAGGGUACCCUACAAGGUGUGAAUUAUAAUCCUGUGAGGGGUGGAAACAGUGUUGGAAAAACUCUUGAUGUGUUUAAUGCAUUUGGUAUCAUUGCCUUUGCAUUUAGGGGUCAUAAUCUCAUCCUUGAAAUACAGGCUACUAUGCCUUCAAGUGAGAAGCAUCCAUCACACGUUCCCAUGUGGAAAGGAGUCAAGAUUGCUUACACACUAAUUGCCGCUUGCUUAUUUCCUGUAGCCAUUGGUGGCUAUUGGGCUUAUGGCCAACUGAUUCCAGCAAAUGGAGGAAUGCUCACAGCUCUAUACCAAUUCCAUUCUCAUGACAUAUCAAGAUUUGUGCUUGCAUUAACCAGCUUUUUUGUAGUAGUGAAUUGCUUAUGUUCAUUCCAAAUCUAUGGCAUGCCAAUAUUCGAUGACAUGGAAUCAAAAUACACCAAAAAAAUGAAUAAGCCGUGUCCAUGGUGGCUCCGUUCAAGUAUUCGAAUCUUCUCCGGAUUCUUAUCCUUCUUCAUAGGAGUUGCAACACCAUUUUUGGCAAGCUUGGCUGGUUUAAUUGGAGGAGUAGCAUUGCCAGUGACAUUAGCAUACCCAUGUUUUAUGUGGCUCAAAAUAAAGAAACCAAAAAAGCAUAGUGUUAUGUGGUGUCUCAAUUGGUUCUUAGGAACAUUUGGGAUUGGUCUUAGUGGCAUGUUAAUUGCGGCUAGUAUAUAUGUUAUUGUUGAAACGGGUGUCAAAGUGAGUUUUUUUAACCCUAAGUAGUAUUAGUAUAUGAUCACUCAAAGAGGAAAGAACUACAAGGGAAAUUAUAUGUGGAGGAAUUAAAGAUGAUUGAUCAUGUUGUCUUUUUUUACUUCUCAUUUCAAAAUUGUAUACCCCCAUUAUAAAGUUAUAUUGAUGAUGUUAAAAUAAUCAUGAUAUUGAUGAUAUAUUUAAGGUAUUAUCAUCAUUAGAAAAAAUUAUAGUGUAGUGUCUGAGGUAUAUUGAGAGGGUUAAAAUGAAGCUUACUUUUUCUACACGGGUUGAUUAUAAUUAUUUUGUGGAAGUUAGUAGAUUUUUUUUCCUUCCAACAAUGUCAUGUUGAUUUUCUUUGGUGUUGAAAAUUUAUAAUGUUGGUCAUAAUCAAGUGAUGUUUCAUAAAUUUUGAUUCACAUUCUUGUUUUCAAA